AAAAACUUCUCCCAACUCGUCUCCAUCAUAGCGUACACACACACACAAACACGUACACACCCACGGACUCAGUGUGUCGAAGUCAAGAUGCUCGGAAGCGAUGUGCUUUUGUGCUUCAUCUUCUACAGCACGCUCCUAGUCUUAAAGAUGUACAUCAUUGCCAUCAUCACGGGCCAAGUGAGACUUAGGAAAAAGGCGUUUGCUAAUCCAGAGGACGCCGAGAGACACGGAGGUGUGCAGUUCUGCCGCACUGAUCCAUAUGUGGAACGCUGUAGGAGAGCACACUUGAAUGACAUGGAGAACAUUUUCCCCUUUUUAUUUCUCGGAGCCAUCUACUCCAUGACAGGCCCCUCGUAUGCAGUUGCACGACUUCAUUUUCUGGUCUUUUUCCUGGGUCGAAUUCUUCACAGCGUUGCGUACCUGUUGUCACUCAAAGCACCGACGCGUUCAUUUGCAUACGUCAUCGCUCAGGUGCCUUGCGUUUCCAUGGCAAUACAGAUUAUCCUGGAAGUAGCCUCAUUCGCUUGACCCUCUCAAUAAUGGACUUCUGUGAUUGAUCAAGACCUAUGGCUACAAUUGUGAUGUACUGCUUUACAGGCUUACAGCAUCUCAUCACUUAUUGAAUUUAAAUUUCACUUUAACAUCAGACUUAAUAGCUUUGGUCUUAAAUCCCAACAUGCAUUGCUGUUUUUUUUUUACGGACACUAUGGUUUGUAUUGUGGUUUGGUAUGUGUAUUGACGUAUUAGUGUACGAAUGAAGGUUAUUUAAUGUGAUUUAUUUUCACAAUCAGUUUUGCUUAUACUCUGCAUAUGUAUAUAUUUGAAACAACAGGGCUUAUUCUCUUUGAAUGGACCUCAAGUCUAUAGCGCAGCUGUUUCUUGCAAGAAUUUUGGUUCAGUGACCACCAGCUUUUCACUUUCAUCCUGCAAAGCUUAUAUAAGCGAUUACUGCUGAGGUCAGUUCGGGUCCAUGUGACUGUUCCACACUUGUCAAAAUUCCUCUGUUAUUAGACCAUAUGCCCUACAGUGCCCAGGCCUUUCAAAUUUAUUGUAGCGUUAAACAUAAGCCGUUGCACAAACACUGUCCUUCCUCUUUGUCCACCAGGCUUUGGGUUUACAGCAUUUUGAGAACAGCGGGGUGCUUCACUGAGGUUUUUGUCCUCAAAAAUGCUAAGUUUAGUAUAAUGUCAUGGUUGUGGUAAUUCACCACAAAGCAGUUUUGUUAUAUAAAUAAUUUCUGUUUUCAAGGUAUAACUUAUUAAUUUUUUAUUUUUAUAAUAUCAUAUAUUUUGUGUAGUGAAUGAUGUUAAAGUUUCUAAAGUGAAAAUCAUAGUUUUUAUAAUAAAGGAAUAAUGAGAGGUU